AUGGCAUCUUCAGUGUAUGCUUCUUCAGCUCGUGAUGCGCUUCCAAUUCCUAACACGGCUGGUUCAGUGAUCACCAAAUUGGAAGACAUCUUUGAAUCUAUCACAGACUGUCUCUUGGAGAAAAACAAGGAAUUGACCAUCUGUCUCAAGACUCGACCACCAAAGGUCACGCAAGAAGAUGAGACAGGAAACAGGAAGAGGUUAAUGUCCGGCGUCAGAAAGAUCACAUUUCCCAGUCGAAAUCCGAAAGAGGCAUGGAAGUUCAGUGCGUUUUUCUUCACCGAUGGAGAGCUGAAUUGCUGCUCAUAUGGUACAGCUGCCCUACUUCGCAUUCUCGAAUUGUCGCAUGAAGCUCUAGUUACUGGUGUUGUGACUACGAAAAGGGACAUUUACUACCGCGAUCCGGAGCUCUUCGUAAAGCAAGCAGUUGUCGAUCGAUAUGUGGAUGAUAUUGCUUAUACCUUAGGUGUGGAGCGCGAUGCAUUGAACGUGGUGGCGGCUGCAAAAGGGUUAGUAGCAGGAGCUUUUAGUUUAACACGCAAGGACAAAUCGCGCAUCGACUACUCGGAAGAAAUCGAGGGUACCUUAGUACCAAGCACCAAGGAGAAGCUAGACAUCGAGUUGAAUGAGGUGAAAUGGAUACUUGUCAUUGAGAAGGAGGCGAAAGGAUAUCCAGACAUCCAGACCCGGCAAUUUUUACAUCUUCUAUGGGCUCAAAAUCCUGAUAUACCGAUUUUCGCUCUGGUAGAUUUCGACCCUGACGGUCUUGGUAUCAUGUCAACCUACAAGUAUGGAUCCAUGGCUCUUUCCCAUGAAACCAUCAAUCUCGCGGUGCCAACCAUAAAAUGGCUGGGAAUCCGAAGCUCUGAUUUCAUUGCCGAUGAUGACUGCCAAGGUUUGUUGAGACUAUCAGCUCGAGACCGAAGGAUUGCGCGGAAAAUGUUGGAGAAGGAUAUGUUCGAGGAGGGUGGCAAUGAGAUCGAGUGGAGAAGGGAGUUGCAGGUCAUGCUGAUGCUCAAUGUAAAGGCGGAGAUCCAGAUCCUGGGCAACGGGGAGAAACUCAGCCAGUGGCUUGAUGGAAAGUUGGCAAACGAGAUUUCCGAUUCAUGA